AUGGAUUCUGAGCCCGAUCCCAACCAAUCCCGGAAAGCGGACUAUGUCGUCCAGAGAACACGUCGACGCUUGAUGGCCACGGAUGCCAAGGAAUAUCAUCGCCUUCUUGACAGGAAUCCUGCUCUGGGGCUGCCCGGGCAAUUUACCGACAGGGACCAGAUACUCCACCAGCUGCGUGCACUCAAGGAAAAAGAGCACAGGGAGAACACUUCUGCACUCUUCGUUCGCGAGUACAUGCCUCUCGUCGAUAUCUCAGAGUUCCACCACAGGAUCGUCCAAAGUCUCUCGCCUGAUGCCUUCAAGAGCAUCACAUCUCAAAUGCUUCAGGAACUACCUAUUUUACCUGUCCCGCCGCCAUCUAGGCAGCCGCAAGAGGAGCCCUUCACAACAUUGAGCAGGAGUCACAAGGUCCCGCCUCUGUUCAAGUCUCUCUUCAUUGUCGUGCACCAAACGCAAGUGUCAAGGACGGAGCGCUUUACAGUUGAAGAAACCGAUAAUAUCCCUGUCACUCUGGUACAAACUGGGUCUAUGGAAGGUCUCAAGCAUCCUAUAUCCGUGAGAACGAACCUCAAGUCAGCAAUACGAUUCGUUCUGGAUCUGGAGAAGCGAGAAGAGGUAUUCUGGGGAACAAAGCCGAGACCUCCUCUUGCUGACAGCUCUGUCGACGUUGAGAAAGAAGCCCGAGAACUUGGCUGGGAUGACGCGACACAUGGAAAGCUACCGCUGGAUCAACCAUCCUCGACCUGA